GUGAAGAUAAAUACAGUAGUACCUCACAUUUUCUGUCUUCGCAGUGAGGAUCCUCCGCAUUACAUUACGAUGGCUCCCAGUCAAGCCCAAUUGGAUCACGUCGUUCUCCUGCUGCCAUAUCAGGACAUUCUGCACCCUCCGACAUGGCUGACCGACCACUUCGUCAUCAGCGAGGGAGGCCGACAUUCCGAUGGCAAGACGGAGAACAAAUUGAUCCUUUUUGCGGAUGGCUCAUAUCUCGAAUUGAUCGCGUUUGUCAAUGAUGAUCCCCAGCACCGAGCAAACCACUGGUGGGAUAAGCCGUUUGGAGUCGUCGACUAUGCCCUGACGACGACAUCGGAUGAUGGCUUUGGCACUCUCAAAGAUGUCCGAGAGCGGCUGGCCAAGACGAAUACGGGCAUCUCGUACACCGAGCCACAGGAGGGCGGUCGCUUGAAGCCGGAUGGUACCAAGCUGGAAUGGAGAGUGACCUUCCCCACCGGGACAACACGAGGGAGCGUUCCCUUCUGGUGCCACGAUCGGACUCCUCGCGAACGACGGGUGCCCAUCUCAGGCAGCAGCAGCAGCAGCAGCAACAGUGCCACCCAUCAUCCAUGUCAGGCGACUGGCAUCCAAGCAGUCGUACUUGAUGUUUCUGCAUCUUCUUCCUCCUUUGAACGUCUCACAAACGCCACCGCGGCGAUUUUGGGCUACGAUGAUGAUGAUGAUUUGAGUAGUAGUGGUGGUGGUAGUAGUGGUAGUAGGAGUAGCGAGAGAUACCACCACCACCAGUACGAGGUCAAUGCGGUCUAUCCAAUUGCCGAUGCGAAACCUCCGAGUAUCAGAAUGGUACAGAAGGCCAACAACAACAACAACAACAAGAACAACAAGAACAACAACGACGAUGACGACCAUGGUGAGCGGGCCGAUUCAUUAUCCGUGGUCUUCCACACUCCUAUGAAGCUACCACCCAUUCACCGCAAAAUCGGCGAGAGUGGUACAGUAUCCCUUUUGUUCGAAGGCUAGGUAGCUAGGUAGAGCGACAGUCGUUCUAUGAAUAAGAGAGAGAGAGAGAAAGACAAAAGCCGGGUAGUAUAGGGUCUAACUCUACCUAUUACGUUGCUACUACUACUAUACAUACCUCCUAUACUACGUUGUUGUCGCCAAUCU